ACACGCGAUAACGAUCACGUGUAAAGAUUCGUUUCUAGGUUUGCGUUUAAUUCGCUAGCAGGUGACGUUUUAUUUAUUUAUUAUUGUUAUUUAUUUAUUUAGCUAGCUAGCUAGCUGUUCCAGUGCUAGUUACUGUGUGCUAGCCGGUUUGGCUAAAUCGAGUUUGUGCGUUUUUUUUUCUUCUCCCCUUUCGCUCUCAUCCGCAGAAGCGCGGGUUCAAUCUCAAAUGCAGGCGCGUGCGUUGCACAAGCGUACUACUGCACCCUCUGAACAAGCCGGCACGUGCGCCCUACGUAGUGCACUAGACCACAAAUGAGAGCGUAUUUGGGACCGAGCCCAGCUAACUAGCCGUGCAACUUGCUCGGCUAACUUCUCAUGAAUGACACGGAACGGUGUCGUUUCGGUCAGAAUAGUUACGCGUUAGUGAUUUUUACUGCUUUAAACGAAAGAGCGUUGUUUAUUACGUCACCUGUGGCACGGAAUUGUCCGUUUGUGGGGUUUUUUACCUUCGUUGUAAACGCGGUUGCUAGGCUAGCAGGUGGUGAAGCUAGCAACACGUUUGUUUUUGUUCCCUCGAGCCGGACGUCUGCACCGUCAAAUGUGUGUUAAAUGGUGUUUAUAUGUUUUAAUAUGUGUCAGUUAUGAAAUGAGGAGUGUUUGUCUUGUGAGGGGGGUCGUGAGCUCUGGAAACCCGGCUUUCACUCUCACACACACACACACACACACACACACACUCUCUCACACACACACACACUCUCUCACACACACGCUCCACACACACUCACACUCUCUCACACACACUCUCACACACACACACUCACUCACACACCACACACACUCACACUCCCCAUACACACACCACAAGGGGCCUGAUCAAUGAUAAACCAGGAGAAUCAUCUUCUUUCUUUUUUUUUUUCUUCACCUUUCCUAGUCAGAAAUAAAGGUGCCCAUAUUCUGCUGCAGAGGAGAGCACCACGAUGAGGAGUCAGUAGGCACCCUCCAUAGUAUGGCCGCGUCCCGUUCUUCGCGUGUCACAAGAUCAUCAGUGGGGUUAAAUGGAUUGGACGAGAACUUUUGUGGCCGAACCCUCAGGAACCGCAGCAUCGCACAGCCGGAGGAGACCUCUCCUCCUCCUACGCCCAGAACUCGCUUGCCCUCAAAGAAGCAGGACUGCCAGCAAAACCAGCAGGCCGGGACUCAGUCAGGGAAGGUAGCAGAAGGAGAGUCCUUGCCUACCCACAGGAAACGGGGCCUGUCCGUCUCUGAGAAGGACGAGGCGGAGAAGUCGGACGCCACAGAAAGAGUUCGGGCUGGGGGAGGACAAGAAGCCUCCCCUUCCCUGAAGAGGGCUAAGCGGUGCUCUCGCUCAGUGGAAUCUCAAGGAACCGAGGAUGAACCUGCUCUCAAACCUGAGAGUCCCGAUCCGACUGAAGUCAAAGGCAACAAUGAGGAUUCUAAAUCGGACUUCGCUUCAAACUCGCCCUCGGAUUCGGGCUUGGCGUUGUCUGUCAGCCUCGACAAAGAUUGCGAGGAGGAAAAGGACGAGGACAAGGGAGAGCGCGGUCCUUCUUUGCCAGCCAACGAGUCUCACAAGGCGACCAAUGGCCUGGCUGAGGUCCAUAAGGAUGACUUAGAAUCUGCAGCCUUGCCUGCAGAGCCCUGUGCCUGCCCCACCACGAUCACGAACAGUCCUUUGCUGCCCAAUGGCAGCCAAGUGGCAGCUUCAACCCUGGACCCCAUUGUGCCUUGUACAUCCCCGCUUCUUAAACAGGUGGACGAGUCCAAUGGCCCUCAGGCCGACAGAGAGAGAAACUGCUCAGCUGAGGAGGCCUCAGAAGCUGUUCUGUCUCUGGAACCGGAGGUUGAGGUUGAGGUGGACGUGGUCGGGGACACUGGCCAGGUCCAGGACGAGCAUGUGGCUGAGGAGAGCACUAACGGGGACCUGCUUGUGGAUCUACAGGACCCUUCAGACGAUUGUUCAAAUAUCUCAGGGGAAACAGCUGGGCUGACCUCCCAGCUUCCCGCGGAGCCGCCUUCCUUCACAGAACCUCAAGAGCAUAGGUACACCUUGAGGACUUCCCCUUGCCGCACUUCCUGUGUAAGUGGGCCAAGAUGCAGCUCACCGAAGCCUGGUUCCCCCCAUGAGGAUAACGGAUUUUUGAAGGAGGAGGUUACGGUGGUUCCUCUUGAAUUGGACGACUCGGCCUGCCAUAAAGAACCUUUGAAUGUGGUGCCGAGUCUCGUUAGCGAGGCUGGCGGCGAGCUCUCCGAACACACAGGGGCCAAGGUUGGUGAAGACGCUGGCUUGUUGGAUAGUAGAGUUUCGAGACCCACCAAAGAACCAUCGGUCGGGCAGACGGAGGAGGAAGAGGCAGAGGAAGACGAUCCUGACGUCUACUAUUUCGAGUCCGAUCACUUGGCUCUCAAACACAACAAAGACUAUCAGAGACUGCUCCAGACCAUCGGCGUGCUGGAGGCCCAGAGAACGCAGGCCAUCCUGGAUCUGGAGGCACUGGCUCGCCACCAGAAACAGGCCCUGGCUAACCCUGUUACCUUCGUGGACCAGCUUCAGAAACAGGUGGAGUUGGGCUUGCCCUGUCCUCAGAGAGUCGUCCAGCUCCCCGAAAUCGCAUGGGACCAGUACACCUCAGGCCGCAGUGAAUUCGAAAGGGACUUUUGUGACAAGAAGCGCAAGACAAGGCGGUUGAAGUUAAUCUUUGAUAAAGUGGGCUUAACGGCAAGACCAAAAAGUCCGACGGAUUCCAAGAAGGAGAGCGAGAGCUCCACUCUGUACUCGUCUCUGCCUUCCAGUGACGCCCCAGAACACGGCAUGCUCGGAAACAGGUCUCAGAUGAUCAGAGGGAGGCCGUAUCACCAGAACAAACCAGAAACAUUUAACCAGCUGUGGACGGUGGAGGAGCAGAAAAAGCUGGAGCAACUGCUGCUCAAGUUCCCACCUGAGGAGGUGGAGUCUAAACGAUGGCAGAAGAUCGCAGACGAGCUGGGGAACAGGACGGCCAAACAGGUUGCCAGCCGGGUACAGAAGUAUUUCAUUAAACUGACGAAGGCAGGAAUUCCGGUCCCGGGACGAACCCCAAACCUGUGCAUGUACAACAAAAAGACCUCAAAUAAGAGGCAGCACCAUCUGAACAAGCACCUGUACCGACCGUCCACCUUCCUCACGUCCUACGAGCCACCGGUCUACAUGGAGGACGAAGACGAGCGCUCCAGCUUCAUCAGCAGUUUGCAGGACGGCGCGGCCCAAGAUUCGGACGAGGACGACGUACCGUUGGAGCUGAGGCACCUGCCCGAGUUUAAAGAGCUGCUGGAGCUGAAAAGACUCAGGAAGCAGAAGAUCCACGAGCUCCAGAGCGAGAGCGCCCUCAUGCAGCACAUAGGCUACAAGUGUGAUAUGUGUGGCAUAGAGCCGAUCCCGGGCGUACGGUGGCACUGCCAGGACUGUCCUCAGGACAACGCCGUCGACUUCUGCGCCAACUGUGCCGACUGCACUUCUUCCUCAUCAAACUCUAAAUGGUUUGAACUCGUCUCGUCCCGCAGCUCGUUUAAGACAGACACACACACACCGAGUCACCGCCUGGAGCCGGUCCAGCAGGCCGAGAGCUUCCUGGACAGAGACUACUGCCUGCCCGCCAGCACCGCCUACAACUACCUGGACCCCAACUACUUCCCGGCUAACAGAUGACAGGAGCGAUGCAGCGCCGCUGGAACCCGGGGUCGGACUCGCUUCGUCCGCUCACCAGACACAGUUCCGCUUACAGCCGGAGGACCUCGAACCGAAACCCGACGCUCUGCUCGAGCUUACACGCCAUCUUCAACUCAAAAGGGAGGGAGCAGCAUCCCGAAUCAUCUCCACACCAUGUCACAGCAGCUGUCAGGCCUUCGAGUGUGUGUGUGUGUGUGUGUGUGUGUGUGUGUGUGUGUGUGUGUGAGAGGGUGGAGAAGAAAAGGGACUCAGUGCUGACUUUCCAUUCACGCCAGGUUUUUAACCAGGAGGAUUUGCUAACAAAUCAGAGACGUUCUUAAUUUACAGACCCUGAACACACACUUUUACUAGAAGCUGCUUGUGUUGUUUUUUUUUUUCUUUUCUUUUUUUUUUUCCUCUUCUCCCUUCUUUCACACCCCCAGACCUAACAUCAUGAUGUCGAUCAUAUAUUUCCAAUCUUUUCGUUUUUUUUUUUUGUUUUGUUUUUUUUUUUUUUUUUUUAAAAGUUCUGUUUAAAGCUCCAACCCAUAAAGCACUACAGCACGGACAAGACCAGCUGAGAGACGCACUCGGUAGGUGUUAAUAGCGUAUGGAGCGUCGUUUUCUUUCUCUCUGUCUCUCUCUCUCUCUCUCUCUCUCUCUCUCUCUCUCUCUCAUAUCUCGUCCUCCUCACUUCUUCUCGGUGUGUACUGUCGUCGAUCAUGUGGCGUAUACAAACGUACGGUGAAUCUAGCCAGUGGUAGGUGCUGUGCCAUUAUUAUUAUUAUUAUUAUUAUUUUGUUUUGUUUUUUUUUUCCCUUCAUCUUUUUCCCCAAAUGUCUGGAUGAUUCCAUGUCCCACGUUUCACGGGGGGGAAAAAAAAAGAGUGGCGGAGAAAUCUGCCCAGUCAUCACACUUCAUUGUUUUGUUUUUUUUGUUUUGUUUUUUCUUCCUCAUGGUCCAUGAUAAAGUGUAUUUUUAUUAAUCUAUUUAAAAAAAACAAAACAAAACAAAAGGGCAGUGUUGCCAGAAAAGAUGAUACGGAGGUGUGGUGCCUGUCGUCGUCGCCGCGGCGCUCCGCUCGUUAUUUUAUACACAGAUUUUGUUGUGCUUUCACGUAGACCAUUUUGUAUUGGAUUUAGUUUUGUUCUCUCCCCCCAUCCCCCUCCCCCCCGCUUCAAUAUCCGUGUAUAACAGUCUGUUCUUAAAUAAUGUUCACAUGUUAGAGGAGAACUGUGGAAAUAAAAGUAUGUGAAAAGUCUUUCUACA